AUGGCCCCUCUCACGAAGUCCCGAGGUCAAUGGGGGAACAGAACAAAGCUCAUUACAAACUGGAUUGGUAUCAAGCCACCAUCUUCAAGACCGACAAAACUGUUAGAUUACGCCUGCGGUGAUGGUGUCGCGUCUCGGGCGCUCGCCCCAUUCAUGUCUACAGUGAGAGGCAUGGACAUAGCAUCAGGAAUGGUAGAACAGUACAACCAAAUGGCAUUGAAAUCAGGCUACACCUCGACAAAAAUGCGAGCUAUUCAGGCCGAUCUUAUCGAUCCCGAGCUGACACCGUCUUCCGAGAUCGACACGCCAGGAUUCUUUGAUUUUGACGUCGUAGUCAUGUGUAUGGCUCUUCAUCAUAUCGAAGACCCGGAUAACAUGAUAUUACAGCUCUCAAAACGGCUGAGACCAGGAGGAAUUUUACUUAUCGUUGACUGGGUUGCCAGCUCGGUGGGCAGCAGUGCUCAGGCAGGAAAUCAAACGCUAGGAACGAUUAGUAGAAUGGGAUUUCAAGAGAAUGAAGUAAAAGGCUCGUAUGAUAACGCUGGACUUGAAGAGUGGGCGUGGAAAUUGGCCUCGGCGCCGUCUCAAGUACCAAGAGAGAUUGGUGGUGAGCAGCAAUUGUUUUUUGCUCGUGGAAAGAAGCCAUGUAGUUAG